CAAGGUCGCCCGCUGACCAGGCGCUCCUCAGGGCUCCCAGUCUCCUCCGGACUUGGUGCACUGCCACCUCCGCUCCGCUAUUGGCAGCAGGGUCACAGCUGUCUCCUACCUCGGCUGGAGCACACAUAGCUCUGCGGGCGCCCAGUGCCCAGCGCCUCUUUCUUGCUGUCCGUGUUCUGGGUCAGCGGCGUCUCCCUGCAGCAGACUGCUGCUCCCUGGCCGGCAGGCUGCGUGGUCCGGAGGUGCAGGAGCUGACUCCAUGGUACCCCACACACACCCGCCCUCGCAACGUAGAGUUCAGCAGAGAUGAGUGAAGAUUACAGUGUGGUACUCAUGGUUCCAUUUCUCCAUUUAUGGAGAAGCUGUGAAAACUUCCGGAAAAGUGGAGACUUAACUACAGCAUCUGGAGCGGCAACUCGCCACUGUGCGGCGUGGACUUGCUCUUCACCAGUGUUCUGACUCCCAGAGACUCGCACAGCGUGAAAAAUCGGCUUAAAAAUCUGUCGAGCUGCUUCAGGUGGGAAUGCAGUGGUCUUCUCGGAGACUGGAGAGGAAGGAGGCAAGCAAGGGCUUGUACAGGUCAAGCUUUCUCAGGGGGAAUUUGCUCAGGGCAAAGUUGCUCAAGAAGACCUCGCUCAGUUAAGUCCUACUCUGGAAGACACGGGAGUAGUAAAGGAGGCUGAAAAUAAAGAAGAAAUGGAAGGAGAACAUGCUGGCAUUGGUGCUUCUGGCUCCGUGGAUGAAAAGAUCCACCAGAAAGAAAUCCCUAGCAGCAGUGAUCAGCCACAGCCUCAGCAAGAGGCUGCUAUGUCUGAGGACAACUGGAAUCUACUGGAUGAAGACAAGCAGCCUCCCAGGCGCCGGCCCAGGUUUACACUGUCUCAACUGCAGGAGCUUGAGCGCCUUUUCCAUGAGACGCGCUACCCAAGCUUGCGAGCAAGAAAGGAUCUUGCAAGAUGGAUGGGUGUGUCUGAAGCUGAUGUGCAGGAUUGGUUUAAGACCAGGAGAACCAUUUCCAGAAGAAAUAAUAGAUUGGUGACGUUCUACAGUAUGCCACCUGGUGCCCAGAACAAUGCUUCCUAAAGGUUUUGGAGCAGCACUUGAGUGCCAUCCGUGUCCUGGAGCCAGAUGAGGAUGGUUUCCUGUCGUGCCACCAAUGUCAGGGCCCCCUUGCUGGC